UUGCGUGCAGACGUGUCGACACAAGUGUACCGUGCUCUCGGAAACUAACAGUUCUCGUGUUUAAGUAAAAUAAAAAACUUUAAAUUAAAUUCUAACUGACUAUAAAGAAGUGCAGUGACAGUAUUGUUGUAAGUGUUUACUUUUUUAAUUUGUUCAGUGACUGUGGUAAACAAAAGAUGUGUUGUUUCGUACAAAGUUUGUAAACUUUUUAUUGGAUUUGUUUUGCCAGAGUAUCGUCUGGUUCUUUUUAGAAACAACACCAAUAAUGGACAUGACGUAAAGAGAGCCAAUAAAAAUGGCGCAGCUCAUAAACUUCAUCAUUCUCAUACUUAUAAGAACCAGACUAUCAAUGGCAGAAGACAUCAACAACACAGACUUGGGAGACUACAUAGAAAAUAACAAAACUGAUAUUUACGACGUAUACAAUGUAACAAAUGAAGAAAUAACUAGAACGAAUGGUCAUAGCAAAUGCAAAGCGAAGAACAAUAGUACUGCAGACAUAGAUCACUCGCAGACGAACAUAAUAAAUUCGAUAUACUUGAAUAAUAUGGAUUCUAAUUUAACGUCGAAUUUGAUUAACGAAGAGUUCUCAGUCGAUGGUAUGGAGAUCGAUGGGGUGAAUUUGUUUGAUAUUGUGAACAGUAACUGCGGUGGCGCGAAGGUGUGUCCCAGCUUUAACUGGAACUGGCCCCAUGAUAAAACUAUUACGGUGGGAUUUCUUGGAGCUUAUGCUAGCAAGAUGGUGCUAGGAGCUAUGCCCUUGGCUGUGGCGGCCAUCAACCGGGAACCGAGUCUGCUGCCCGGGUACAAACUGCGGUUUGUGGCUGCUGACAUCGGCCGGUCGCGACCACAUCUGCCAAUGGACAAGGAUAGCCUGACAUUACGGGUAAUGACACAGAUGCGUGACCUUGGAGUGGUCGCGUUCUUCGGCCCCGACGGCACCUGCCACACUGAGGCUAAGCUGGCUGCUGCGUGGAACCUGCCCAUGAUAUCACAUAAAUGUGCUGGCGCUCACGGCUCAUUCGAGAAGGGUUCUGGUCUUGGAGCCACCUUCGCUAGGACCUUGCCUCCAGCCUACAAAGCCAGCAAGUCAGUGGUGGCACUCCUGAAGGCAUUCGGCUGGUCCAAGUUCGCUAUAGUAGCUGGUGAUGACCUGACGGCUGCGGCUCAGCAAUUGGACGCUAUUAAGGAAUUAGCCCAGUCUAAUGGCAUGGUGAUCACCGCUGAGCAUCGGUUCGCUGAUUACAUCCCACGCCUGAUCUCUGACAUGGAAAGAAUUGUGGACCAAACUUAUCAUAAAACUAGAAUCUACGUGUUCUUGGGCGAACAUAUCGCGCUGGUGGACUUCGUGAAGGUCAUGCAGCGUCGUGGUCUCCUCACUGCUGGGGAGUACGCGAUAGUGGCGGUGGAUGAUGAGAUCUACGACCCCAGCACUGCUGCCAUCACACAUGCUGAACAUCUCGAUCUUGGCCAGAAUACUAGCAACGAUGUGUUGGCGUUCCGCGCUGUACUGAGACUCACGCCUUCAUUCCCGACUAAUCCACAUUACGGGAUGCUGUGUCAGAUGAUAAAGAAGAUGUCAGCAGCGCCUCCGUUCUGCGUGCCCAACUACUACCACAAGCUCUUCGAUGAUGCAUCCGUAUCCAUAGAAGCAGCUCACCUUUAUGAUGCAGUGACGCUGUGGGCGCGAGCAGCGACCGCAGUGAUGCAGUCCGGACUGCCACCGACAGAUGGCGCCACCCUCAUGCAACUCCUACGUCCCACUACUUACAGAUCUGUACAAGGAUUUGACGUAAACAUGGACAGCGCAGGUGAUGCUGAAGGGAACUUCACAGUGAUAGGUCUGGUGGCAAACUCCAGUGUACCUGGUGGAUGGACUGCCCAGCCGGUCGCCACCUUCCGAUAUGUCAACGCAUCAGAUUUUCUACCGGAACUAGUGGGAGCAAACAACGUAGCCUGGAUUGGAGGAAGCCCACCAGUUGCCGAGCCAGAGUGCGGUUUCGACGGCAUCAAGUGCUCCUUGCCACAUGAUCCUGGAGUGCUGGCAGCAGCUGCUGCAGUCGCUGCAGCCGCCAUAUUGGCUGCAGCACUCCUCGUGCGUCACUACAGAUAUGAGCAGAAACUAGCUUCAGUGCUGUGGAGGAUCGAGGCUAAGGAUCUGACCAUCAUACCAGCGUAUAACGCGCAGACCACUGAUAAGGUAGCGUGUGAUACGUCAAUGCAGCAUGACAUGGAGACGCGACGAGCUCACACCACCAUAGCCAUGUACAAGGGCAACGUGGUGGCCAUCAAACGCCUGCAGAAGAAGAGCAUUGACGUCACCAGAGCCAUCAAGAAGGAAUUGAAACAGAUCCGUGAGCUUCGCCAUGAGAACCUGACGGCCUUCGUUGGCGUCUGCGUAGAGAGUGGAUCAGCUUGCAUCGUCUCCGCCUACUGCUCCAGAGGAUCCCUGGCCAGGGUCCUCGCAGACAGGGACCUUCAUCUAGAUGACAUGUUCGUCGCCAGCCUGGUAGCUGAUCUUCUUCGGGGACUGAUGUACCUUCAUGAUUCAGCGCUGAUAUCCCAUGGAAAUUUGACGUCCAGUAACUGUUUGGUCGACAGCCGAUGGGUACUGCAAAUAGCUGAUUAUGGAUUGCAUAAUUUGAAAUAUGGCUGCUCCGACGCAGAAGACGCCCUACGAAUGGAGCGUCGUAUGCUGUGGAGGGCGCCUGAACUUCUGAGGGAUCCGAAUCCAAACCCCAGAGGAUCACAGAAAGGAGACGUGUAUUCUUUCGGCAUCAUUUUAUAUGAGAUCCUUGGAAGAAACGGGCCUUGGGGAGACACGAACCUUACAAAUGCUGAAAUCAUAGGUAGAGUCCGGCAUCCAAUAGGCGGCGUGUUAUUCCGACCACCACUGGGCGGGCUGGUGGCUCGUCCAGCGGUGCUGGCGGUGCUCAACGCGUGCUGGAGCGAGCGCCCUGAACGUAGACCCGACCUCAGGCUGGUUCGCGUCAGGUUGAAGGACAUGCAUGCGGGCAUGAAAACCAACAUAUUCGACAACAUGCUGGCGAUGAUGGAGAAGUACGCCUCGAACCUGGAAGCCAUCGUCGCAGCCAGGACGGAACAGCUGUUGCAGGAGAAGAGGAGAACUGAUGACCUGCUCAAUAGGAUGCUGCCCAGAACUGUAGCAGAAGCAUUGAAGCGUGGAGAAAGGGUACAGGCAGAGAGCUUCGACUGCGUGACGAUAUAUUUCAGUGAUAUCGUCGGAUUCACCAAGUUAGCGGCUACUAACACCCCUAUGCAGGUCGUGGAGAUUCUGAACGACCUGUACACCUGCUGCGAUGCCAUCAUAUCAUACUACAAUGUUUAUAAGGUUGAGACAAUAGGUGACGCCUACAUGGUGGUGGGUGGUCUACCGGAGAGGUGCUCCCGACACGCUGCUGAAGUAGCCUCCUUAGCUCUGCAUGUGCUGGAUGCGGUGCCCAAGAUCAGGUCCCGACACAUGCCUGCCGCCCGACUGCAUAUUAGGAUAGGUAUACACAGCGGCCAAUGUGCAGCAGGAGUGGUGGGAGUGAAAAUGCCAAGGUACUGUCUUUUCGGAGACACAGUCAACACUGCAGCCAGGAUGGAAUCCAGUGGAGAGCCUCAGAGGAUCCAUGUCAGCCAUGACACCUACCUCCUCCUCAAACAACAUGGCGGGUACCAUUUCAAGGAGCGAGGAAUUGUUAAUAUCAAGGGCAAAGGAGAGAUGAGGACAUGGUGGCUAGUAGGAGAAGACCAUGAGAGAAGAAAAAACACCAUGAGUAGAUUCCAACCAGGUCUACUCCGCAACAUGAACGAAGAGAGCGAAGACUUAUGGGGGCUGAACCGGUCCAUCCUCAACAUCAGAGACAGGGCUCGUCUCUCCUGCGGUGGUCUGGCAGGACCUGGCUCCGCCCUAUCCUCACCAGGUCCACCCGCCUGUGACUGCUUCAUCCCCAACAGGGACCACCACUCAGCUCCUGUAGUACUCUUCUGCGACGAAUGACGUUAACUAAGCUCCCUCCAAUGUUUCUGGUUAAAAAACGAUUGUGAGAUUGACGAGAAGACUUUGGUGGAUGAAGAUGAAGGCUGCUAUGUGGAGGAUAGUUUUAGUGACUGGAUGGUGGUGUACCAAUGUGGGGGGGAUGCUAUUGAUGAUGAUGUUGCCGGUAGGGCUCGGAAGCUGGCCGCUCUAAGGAGACUGUACUGCGCUGAUUACGAAGACGGCACGUGGUUGUAAUCGGACUGUUAGCUGUAAGAGUGUUUGUAGUUUGUAAGGAAAUUGGUGGUUGGUUAGGUCUCGUUUUGGAUUUUUUAUAUUGGCUUCUGAGGUGGCAGACUUUGCGGGUCCGCUUGAUUGAAGUCAGUUUAAUUAAGUAACAUUAUCGUAUCUGAAACCAUCAUCAUCUCAUCCCAAAACUAUUUUCAUUUUUAUAAAUAACUAUCUCCUAUCUCAUGCAUCUAUAUCUAUUUUGAUACUUAUAUUAUAAGGCUGAAAAGUUUGUUUGUUUAUUUGAAUUCGCUAAUCUCCGGAACUGCUGAUCCGAAUUGAAUCAUUCUUUUUGUCAUAUAAAUAUAAAACAUCACGCUACGAUCAAUAGGAGCAGAGCAAAGCGGAUGAAACCGUAUGGAAGUAAAUCACGACAUAACAGCUGGUAUCGAAAUAUUUUCGUUGGUCAUCAAAAUGUCAGUUUUACUUUGUUAUCUUAACAUUUCAUCCCACCUCAAUAUUGUUGGGAUUGCGUCACCUCAAUUCUGUUGGGAUUCAGUGUUUUUAUUUUUUCGUUUUAUUGAGGCCUUGUUAUUUUAUUUAACGCGUUGUUAUUUUAAUUUAUUUUUCCGUAUUGCCACGCCUACGUACGUAGUUUUACUUUUUUAUUGAAAUUGGCUAAGUAAGUCUUUGUGCCCACGUAGCAUAGCCAUUUAGGAUUUUAAUUUAUACGAAAUAUUUCUUUGCAAAGUGUUAUUAAAUUACUCAAUUAUUUAUUGGUGAACGAAAUAGAAAUAAUAAAAUAAUAAUAAUAAUAAAAUUUAUUUAUUUUCCACCAUAUUAAUACAGACAUUGGUCUUAAAACUAAGCUUAUAUAAUAAUUAAUAAUACAAUAAAUUUUGUAGUAAGUUACACGACCAGGUUUAAAACAGUUGAA